GCAGACCUUAUAAAGAUCUGUUGGAGCAGACCUUUGGAGGAUGUCCAAAAUAUGUGCUGCAUAGAAACUGAAUGCAGAAACUCCUGAGUGUUCCAGUAUUUACACCAGCUGGUCACUAAUGUUGUCUGCCCGCAGACUGGUGCUGGCCAGGAUGAAGAAGAAGUUGAUCAUUGACUUAGACACAGGGGUGGAUGAUGCUCAGGCCAUCAUGGUGGCCCUUGCGGCCCCCAAUGUGGAAGUUUUGGGCAUCACCUGCUGCUUUGGCAACACACCCUUGGAAAACGUCCUCAAGAACACACUGCGUGUCCUGAAAGUCUGCAACAGGCUGGAUAUCCCUGUGUACUGCGGCUGUUCAGAGCCCUUGCUUGCCCGUAAACGUCACGCUGGAGAUUAUCACGGGAAGGACGGGCUGGGCGACGUUCCAGAUCCAGAUGCUCCAGGCCUGGAGCUGCUGCAGAAGAAAAAAGCUGCGCCAGCCAUGAUCAAAAUUGUUAAUCAAAACCCUGGGGAGGUGCGUCUGGUUGCUACGGCCCCCCUCACUAACCUGGCUGUUGCAGUACAACUGGACCCUUCCUUUCCAAAGAAACUGAAUGCACUCUACAUCAUGGGAGGAAACACUGAAUCCAGGGGUAACACCACAGCAUGUGGAGAGUUUAACUUUGUGGCUGACCCUGAGGCUGCCUAUAUUGUUCUGGACCGCUACACCUGUCCCACCUACAUCGCCCCUUGGGAAUUCAGCUGCAGGAACAGCCUGCCAUGGUCUUUCUGUGACCACUGGCUGUCCCAAAACACUGAGAAGGCUGCCUUCAUGAAAAAGAUUGCAUCCCUCUCCAUGAAGAAAGCUCGGUCAGCAGACUAUCAAAAGGAGAUCACAGCAGGACAAGGAUUCAAUUCCUGUGACACCUACGCCAUGGCUGCCGCCAUUGACGAUGCAUUAAUAACAGAGAGUGAGGAGGUUGCAGUGACAGUGGAGUUGGAGGGGACCAACACCCGAGGCAUGAUGGUGCUGGACUACAUAGAGCAGCUGAAGAAGAAGCACAAGGCCUUUAUCAUGAAGAACAUUGACUUGGAGAGGUUCAAGCAAAUGUUCAUGAAUUCACUGAAGUAGAAGUAUACUGUAACAAGAUGAUGGCAUGCAUUUGGUUUACCAAA